CUCAAGCCUUACCCAACACAUUCUCCGCCAAACUAACACUGGUACCCGUGUUAUCCGGCUCAACAGCCACACUCUUCACCUUCCCGCCCUCAACAAUAAUCGUAAACCUCUUCGACCGCUCAUUCCCAAAAAUAGCCUUUCCAUCCCACAACAUAUCAAGCGCCUUGGUGAACUCGCCAGACGGAUCAGCCAGGAAGCGCACCUAUCAUUCUUGUUAGCUCUUAUAGGUCUCUUUUAGUUAUCUGUUAUCACGUACGUUCUCCCUCCCCUCGGGAUUCAACACAUCCCCCCAAGCCUUCAUCACAAAAACAUCAUUCACGCUCACCACCGCCACCUGGUCAUACUCCUCCGCCUUGGGGUGGGCCAGAAACCCAGGCACAUGCGUCGCUGAGCAGGCUGGCGAGAACGCGGCGGGGACACCGAUGAGGAUCAUCUUGUUGAGCUUGGAGGCUUCAUCGGCGAGGUUGACCUUGUUGCCGGGGGAGGACUCGUGGAGGAUGGCGCCGACGUCGGGGAGGGGCUGGCCCGGCUUGAUGAACCGGGUCGUGGUGGUAGAGAAAGCUCUAAGGGGGGUGGUAGCGGGGCGGAGGGCCGCGCGGGCGAGGGGGCGGAGGAGGGACAUCCUUGUGGUGAUAUUCAGUUGGAAUUGGUGAGGUUUGUUAGGGGAAAGACUAGACCGGACCUUGGGGAGAGACAAGGUGCAAUAUGUACGGAGAUUGGAACAGGCGGGAGAAUAUCGCUGUAACCGAGCGCGGAGCGGUAGACGUCGGGUCAAUUGGAAUUGGCGAGAGCAACUGGCGGGCGGGGGAGGGAGCUUUAGACGAAUGACAUCACCAGGGCCUUGUCAAAAUACAGGGGUUGAAGGAAGCUUGGGCCAUUCCGUGGGAGCACUUUCAGUUCUCAGGGUUACGGAUACAUCUCGACCAGAUCAGUUCACCUUCAACCCUGGCCUUUUUCUAGGUACAAACACCUGCACGGAGGGUCCUCAAAGACUGCAAAGACACAAUCUCAAGCAAUGAUGGCCUCCCGCGCCAUGUGGUACGUCGUCGGGACCAAGAAAUCACCCCACGGCACCCUCUACAUGCACUGCAAUGUCAAGCCAGGAGCCAGCAAGAACCGCGAGGGUGUAGCUUCGGUGGGCGAAGAUGCAGUGGAGAUAUGUGUAGCUGCACAAGCGAGAGAGGGAGAGGCCAAUAAAGCAGUCAUCAAGGUUCUCAGCGAGGUUCUUGACCUUCCCAAGUCCAACCUGGAAAUUACCCAGGGCCAUAAAUCGAGAAAUAAGACUGUCGCCGUGAUUGGGCCGUGGGUCAACUCUGGCGAGGAGGAGUGUCUCAAGCGGGUCAAGGAUUAUCUCGACAAGGCUGUGGAAGAGUCCUGA